AUGCUGACCCUCUCCCUCCCUCUCUAUGACGUGGACGCAAAGCCUCUGCAAACACUGUGGGUGGAAGAUCCUGACAGAUGUAGCGUUGGUAGUGGGGUGCUUGGGGGACUGUGGGGGAACCUGCAGUGGAGCUCAGCCCUCACCUGUGGGGUGGCCGCGUGCCCAUGGAAAGGGUCUGCUGACGCGGCCUUUCCCUGCGGCCUCCGCCGGCAGGAGGAGGCCCUGUGCUGUUUUUUCCACCCCAGGGAGUUAGCCAGCAAGAGCAAGUGGUUCUGCGAGGCCUGCGGGACGAAGACGCGUGGAAGCCAGGUCUUGAGGAUGACGCAUCUGCCCCAAACCCUGACCCUUCACCUGAUGCGAUUCUCCAUUCGGAACUCACAGACGGAGAAAGUCUGCCACUUGCUGCACUUCCCUCAGCGCUUGGAUCUCAGUCAGGUUCUUCUGGCUGAGCAUCAAGACUUCACUGAGGACGCAGAGCAGCGUGAAGCACAGUAUGAACUCUUCGCUGUGAUAGCCCACGUAGGGAUGGCAGACUUCGGUCAUUACUGUGCCUACAUUCGGAAUCCAGCGGAUGGAAGAUGGCUCUGCUUCAAUGACUCCAAUGUUUGUUGGGUGUCCUGGGAAGAUGUCCAGUGUACCUAUGGAAAUCAUCACUACCGCUGGCAGGAAACUGCAUAUCUUCUGGUUUACAUGAAGAUUAGAGGUUAAUGGAUAUACUCUAAACCUUCAGAGACUGACAAAUUCAUUUCUUUUCCUGUCAUUGGAUCUGCUGAGUCUUCUAGGAGAUUCUACAAUGAGGAAAAACAUAAAAACUGUAAUAAUUUAAGUCUUAAGUUAUAACCAUGAAUGGUUACUGGUGUGGUUUGGAUGUGGUUUGUCUCCAAAGGUCCUGU